AGAUGUCAGCCACACUCCUCUGAACAUCAUCAAAAUCUACUUUUCACACCUUUCAACUGGACUGUUUACACUGGAAAGAACUACUUUCCCACGGGCCAGGGUUUCUCUUAUCAGACUCAUUCACUGGUUGACUGAAGAAACUCCUCCCUCUAGAUUCAUCUAUGUGCAUGGUUUCCUAGGCGAACAACGCUGCAGUACCUGCAAAAACAAACACGAUGGAAUCCAGAGUGCUUUCUGCCCGAGGGCAUAACGCCAGCUGCUGUUGUCAUAACAACACCCCACCGCUCCACAUAAUGGGUCUCCUGACGCAGCUCCGGCUUCUGCUGUGGAAGAACUUCACUCUGCGCAAGAGGCAGAAGUUGCGCUUGGUAAUUGAGCUGGUAUGGCCUCUAUUUCUGUUCUUCAUUUUGGUUUGGGUGAGAUCCACCAACCAUCCCACCUACAAAGGCCAGUGCCAUUACUCCAACAAGCCCAUGCCCUCAGCAGGAAUUCUCCCAUGGGUUCAGGGAAUGGUGUGCAACAUCCAGAACCCUUGCCUCAGUCAGCCGACUCCUGGAGAAGCACCUGGACAGGUCAACAACUUCAACAAUUCCAUUCUUUCGAAGGCUUUGAUUGAGGUUCAGACGCUUCUGGCUGACCCUGCCCUUCUCUCCAACCUCAAACUGCUGUCUGGUGAUAUCAACCAAUGGACUUCCGUCCUUCAGGCGUCCAACCAAGCCAACGGUCGAUCGAUUCCGUUGCGCAGCGUGCUAAAAGAUAAUGAGACGUUCUCCGAGUACCUGAGGAGCAACCUGUCAGUGUCAACACAAACAGCCCAGAGACUGAUGAGUGUGAGAGUCCGACUCAAUCAGCUGCCUGCUCUCUCAACGAACUCAGACCUCCGUUCUGCGUUGUGUAGCUCCACCUUAGUGGAUCGCUAUCUAGUGUUCAACUCAACCAAUCAUAGACAGGAAUUCCUGAACAUCACCUGCUCCCUGACAACCAAUCAGCUUCAGCAAACCAGAGAGGCCUUCGUCCAGAAUGUGGACCAAAGAAAUCUAGUCCCCUUGUUUCCUUUAGCACUGAAUCUAAACCCGGCUGAGGCGUCUGUGCUGCUGGCAAAAACCAGUCUCCAUGCAGCUCCUGUGGCCAGCCAGCUCUUAAAGUUCCAGACGUCAGGCUUACUCAGUGAUGCCAACAAUCUGGACUUUCGUUCGAAUCCCUUCGGUAGCUUGACUCAGCUGAUGUGUGGCAAUUCAGGCUCCAACUCCACCAACAACAGCAGAAGCUCCACACCAGCUCUUUCAUUACCAACUCUGUCCACAAGCACACUCAGAUCAAACUCAACCCACAGCAACUCCAGUGAAUUCUGUCUGAAUUUGGUGAACACGCUGAAAGGCACACCCUCUCUGCGUCUCUUCUGGACAGCUCUCCGCCCACUUCUGCAAGGAAGGGUCUUGUACACACCGGACACGCCCUUUACACGACGGAUUAUGGAACAGGCGAACAGUACGUUCGAUGCUCUGAGUAAAGUGCAGUUGCUGGCUGAUGCCUGGCUGGAGAAUGAGGAUGAAAUCUGGAAGUUCUUCCAGAACAGCUCCCAGAUCAACACCCUGAGGACUCUCCUGCAGAACCCAGUGUUCACAGCAGCUCUGGACCAGCAGCUUAGUGGAGCCAAACUCUCUUCUGCGCUGAUCGGCAAUUUUCUUUUUAAUGGGCAAGAGAAGGACCGACCUCCGGGGAUGCCAUCGUUUGAUUGGAGGAACAUCUUUAACAUCACCAGCCAGGCAGCUAGACUUCUAAAGGAGGUCAUGGGGUGUUUUGAUCUGGAUAAGUUUGAAGGCGUCUCCAGCGAAUCACUGCUUGUGCAGCAAGCUCUGAAGCUGCUGGAUGAAGAGAGGUUUUGGGCCGGGGUCGUCUUCACUGACCUUGACUCUGGUGAACCCUCGCUGGUCCGAUACAAGAUCCGCAUGGACGUCGAGGACACCGAGAGAACCGAUAAGAUCAAAGACAGGUCCUGGUCCCCGUCUGCUCGAGAUAACCCUUUUAAUGACCUGCGCUAUGUGAGGGGAGGCUUUGUGUACCUGCAGGACAUGCUGGACCGCGGGAUUGUUCGGGCGCAGACGGGCAUCCGAGAAACUCUGGGCGUCUUUGUGCAGCAGAUGCCUUACCCGUGCUAUGUGGACGAUGCCUUUGUGGCGUCCAUCUCCACCAUCCUGCCCAUGUUCCUGGUGCUGGCCUUCAUGAACUCAGUGGGUCAGAUCAUCAAAGGCCUGGUGCUGGAGAAGGAGCUGAGACUGAAGGAGGUCCUGCGGGUCGUGGGCGUCCAGAACGGACCACUGUGGCUGGCCUGGUUUACUGAGAACAUGGUGCUGCUGAGCGUUCCCUGUGCGCUCAUCAGCGUGAUGGUCAAGUAUGGGAAGGUUCUGAGGUACAGUGACCCGUCGGUGAUCUUCGUGUUCCUGCUGGUGUUCUGCAUGGCCACAGUGAUGCAGUGCUUCUUCAUCAGCGUCUUCUUCUCACGAGCCAAUCUGGCGGCGGCCUGCGGGGGUCUCAUCUACUUCCUGCUCUACCUGCCCCACGUCCUUUGCCAAGCCUGGAGGGACGUCAUCACCUUCAGAGCCAAACUUGCCACGAGUCUGCUGUCGUGUGUGGCGUUCGGUUACGGCUGUGAGAAUUUCGCCCGUUACGAGGAGCAGGGGGUGGGCAUCCAGUGGAGCAACAUCUUCGUCAGCUCUCAGGAGGACGACCCCUACAGCUUCUUUGUCUCCAUCGUCAUGAUGCUGGUCGACACUCUGAUGUACUGGAUCCUGACCUGGUACAUCGAGAACGUGUUUCCAGGGCAAUAUGGGAUACCCAAGCCGUGGUAUUUUCCUUUCACAUCCUCCUACUGGUGUGGGACUCCGGUGGGCUCUGACACAGAACCGGAUGCUUUAGAUGCUCUGGAAGAUCAAAAUGGGUAUCUAGAAAAGCCCCCUACUGGUCUGAAGGCAGGCGUGUCUAUAAGGAACCUGGUGAAGGUCUACAAGACAGGAAACAAGCUGGCUGUGGAUAAACUCAGCCUGGACUUCUAUCAGGACCACAUUACCUCUUUCUUAGGACACAAUGGAGCCGGAAAAACCACCACUAUGUCAAUUCUGACCGGCCUGUUUGCCCCCACGUCUGGCACAGCUUACGUUAACGGCUUCGACAUCCGCAGAGACAUGGACACCAUCCGGAAGAAGCUGGGCAUGUGUCCGCAACACAACGUCCUGUUUAACGAGCUGACCGUGGAGGAGCACAUCUACUUCUACGCCCGUCUGAAGGGACGCAGCUCUGGGGAGGUAAAACAGGAGAUAGAACAGAUGAUCAAAGAUGUGGGACUGCCGCACAAGCGCAAGGAGCUUGCCAAGAACCUCUCAGGUGGGAUGCAGAGGAAAUUGUCAGUUGCCAUAGCGUUUGUUGGAGGGUCCAGUGUGGUGAUCCUGGACGAACCCACAGCAGGAGUAGAUCCGUACGCUAGGAGAGGAAUCUGGGAGCUGCUGCUUAAAUAUAAGCAAGGUCGCACUAUCAUUCUGUCCACUCAUCACAUGGACGAGGCAGAUAUUCUGGGUGACCGUAUUGCGAUCAUCUCUCACGGCCGCGUGUGCUGCUGUGGCUCAUCCCUCUUCCUGAAGAAAACCUAUGGCAGUGGAUAUUACCUCACACUUGUGCAAGCCAAUCAGGAGAGAGGGGCCAGAAAGCACCAGAGUGUGAACAAACAGCAAUGUGAUGAUUUCAGUCUAGAUGAAGGAAUCGGUUCGUCCAGCCUCAGCAGUGAGGAGCCAACAGAUGUAGCGGAUCUGAGCGCACUGGUGCGCCGACACGUUCCAGAAGCUGUGUUUCUGGAGGUCCUAGGUCAGGAGCUGGUGUACAUCCUCCCCUACACCGGCUCUAAAGACGGCAGCUUUGCUUCACUCUUCAAAGAACUGGAUCUGGAGAAAGAGAGGCUGGGGAUCAGCAGCUACGGCAUCUCAGAUACCAGCCUGGAGGAGAUAUUUCUGAAGGUGGCGGAGGAGACGGGCGUGGAUGUGGAAUCUAAUGAUAAAAAUACACUGGUGCGAGACUGGAAGAGGAGCUCCAGAGAGUCCAGGACACAUAGCAUCAGUUCAGCCAUGGAACAAAAAGAGAAGGAAUCUUCCAAAUGCGAAAAGAAGAAAGGAAGGUUCUUAAAUCGGGUUGAAGAUGAUCAGCAUCAGUCCGUGUGUUUGAACGGUAAAGGCUCGUCCGUGAUGAGCGGCUGGCCUCUAAUCAGACAUCAGUUUCUGGCCUUGUUCAUAAAGCGCUUUCAUCACGCUCGGAGAAGCAGGAAAGGAAUUAUCGCCCAGGUGGUCCUGCCAGCAUUUUUUGUGUGUCUGUCUCUGAUCUUCUCUCUGAUCGUGCCUCCGUUUGUGGAGUAUCCCAGUCUGGAACUGCAGCCGUGGAUGUAUGGAAAACCACAGAACACUUUCUACAGUACUGACAGGCCGACAGAGGCAGCGGUGACGAGUGUGACACGUUCCCUCCUGAAUGAGCCAGGGUUUGGCACACGAUGCAUGGAGAGCAACCCUAUACCUAAAUAUCCAUGUGUUCCUGCUGGAGCGACAGACUGGUCCACUCCUGCCGUGGACCCCGCCAUCCUUAAGAUCUUUCAGGAUGGUAACUGGACCAUGCAGAACCCCUCGCCGGAUUGCCAGUGCAGCACGCCCGAGCGCAACAUCAUGCUGCCAGACUGCCAACCCGGUGCUGGAGGAUUACCACCACCUCGGAGAACUCAGAGCACGACAGACACUCUUCAUAACCUCACUAGCUAUAACAUGACCGACUUCCUGCUGAAGACGUAUGCAAAGUCUGGAAAAAUUCGUUAUGGAGGGAUAUCUGUUGGAGGAGUGAACUCUCAGGUCAUGCUGAAUGAGUCGGAGAUAAUUGCAGCUGUUUCAGACUUCAAGGCUCUGUUUAACUCCACCCAGAGUAAUAUAACUGAUAAGGUCUUCCAGGACUUGGAAACACUGCUGAUAGAGCUGGGAACAAAAGAUAAUGUGAAAGUGUGGUUCUAUAACCAGGGCUGGCACGCGAUAGCGUCUUUCCUGAACGUGGCCUCCAACGCCAUCCUCAGAGCCAGUCUUCCAUCCAGAUUGCAGCCAAAACUCUACGGCAUCUCAGCCUUUAACCAUCCGCUCAACCUCACCAAACAGCAGAUGUCUGCUGCCUUGAUGUCCAGUUCCACAGAUGUGGUGGUGUCCAUCUGCGUCAUCUUCGCCAUGUCCUUCAUCCCGGCGAGUUUUGUCCUCUUCCUCAUCCAGGAGCGUGUCAGCAAAGCCAAACACCUGCAGUUCGUCAGCGGGGUGAACCCUGCAGGUUACUGGGUCGCAAACUUCACCUGGGACAUGUGUAACUACAUUGUGCCGUGUCUCAUCGUCAUCAUCAUCUUCCUCUGUUUCCAACAAAAAUCAUAUGUGUCUCCUCCAAACUUGCCUGCACUCAUCUUACUGCUGAUCCUCUAUGGCUGGUCGAUCACUCCCAUGAUGUACCCUGCCUCCUUCCUGUUCAGUGUUCCCAGCACAGCGUACGUGGUGCUCACCUGCAUCAACCUCUUCAUCGGCAUCAACGGCAGCGUCGCCACCUUCGUCAUGGAGCUGUUCGAUGACCCGAAUAUCACUCGUAUCAACGACAUUAUGAAGCAGGUGCUGUUGAUCUUUCCUCAUUUCUGUCUGGGCCGAGGACUCAUCGACAUGGCUAAAAACCAGGCCAUGGCUACACUCUUUAGCAGCCUGGGUGAGGACAGGUUUAAGGACCCUCUGGGCUGGGAUAUGGUGGGGAAGAAUCUGUUCGCCAUGGCCAUUGAGGGGGUGGUGAUGUUCGGAUUUACGCUUCUUAUCCAGUACAAGUUCUGCUGGAAGCCUGGGCUGGUGAAGGGGUUGCCUGUUUCUCUGGGUCAGGAGGAUGAAGACGUUGCCCGGGAACGUGAGCGAGUGCACAAGGGUGGAGCGGAGAACGACCUGCUCCGGAUCUGUGACCUCACCAAGGUGUACACUGGUAUGCCGGUUCCAGCUGUGGACAGGAUCUGUGUCGGUGUACCUGCUGCUGAGUGCUUUGGUCUGCUUGGUAUAAAUGGGGCAGGGAAAACCACCACGUUUAAGAUGCUGACUGGAGAUAUUACAGCAUCUGGAGGAGAAGCUUUCCUCAAUGGAUACAGUAUGCGUACGGAGAUGGGUCAGGUUCAUCAGAACAUGGGUUACUGUCCUCAGUUUGAUGCUAUAGAUGAUUUGCUGACUGGGCGAGAGCAUCUGGAGUUCUACGCUCGGCUGAGGGGAGUUCCAGAGCAGGAGGUCGCAUCGGUAGCAGAGUGGGGCAUACAGAAACUGGGUCUUGUGAAAUACUCCAACAAGUCUGCUGGGACCUACAGUGGAGGAAACAAACGCAAGCUGUCCACAGCCAUGUCCCUGAUUGGCUGCCCACCUGUGGUCUUCCUGGACGAGCCAACAACAGGAAUGGAUCCAAAAGCCCGCCGGUUCCUGUGGGACUGCAUCCUCAGUGUGAUCAAAGAGGGACGCUCAGUCAUCCUCACCUCACACAGUAUGGAAGAAUGUGAGGCUCUGUGCACCAGGAUGGCGAUCAUGGUCAAUGGUCAGUUUAAGUGUCUGGGCAGCAUCCAGCACCUCAAAAACAGGUUUGGAGAUGGUUACACGGUGAUUGUGCGUGUGCAGGGUGGUGCGACUGAUCUGAGCGCUGUGGAGGAUUUUGUGAGUCGCUCGUUUCCCGGCAGCGUCCUGAAGGAGAAACACCACAACACACUGCAGUACCAGAUCCCAUACACAGAGGGAGCGCUCUCACACAUGUUCAACCAGUUCAGCAAAAACCAGCAUGCACUGGGAGUGGAGGACUACUCUGUCUCUCAGACUACACUGGAUCAGGUGUUUGUGAAUUUUGCCCGGCAGCAGCACGAUGCAGAGGACGGUGUGUACGAGAACCCGGUGGAUACAAGCGACGAGAUACAGAUGCAAAGAUGCUAAAACAAACACACAGCCACACACACACACAGCCACACACACACACACACAGCUACACACACACAC